AUGUCUAAGAAACGCAAGUAUGAAGAAGAACACAGAGAAUUCAAAUUACAAUGGGAAGAAGAGUUCUUUUUCAUAGAACGAAACAGUAAACCAUUUUGUCUCAUCUGUCAAUCCCAACUAUCACAAUUUAAGACGGAAGAUAAAAAAUUACUAAAUAUGGUUUCAUAUAUUUCAAAUAGUAAGCAUAGUAUGGAAAGACGUAUUUCAAUGUUAAGUGCCGAUAUUUUCUCUAAUUUACAAAAGAAAAUUGCUAAUUGUUCUGAAUUAAGUUUAGCAUUAGAUGAAUCUACUGACAUUCAGGAUAAACCACAGUUCGCUUUUUUUCUCUUGAAGAAAACUACUAGAGGUUGUGAUAUAAAGGAUGCUCUUGACGUAGUACUUCGUAAAGCAGAAGUACCUAUUGCAAAAGUUUUUAGCGUCUCAACUGAUGGCGCACCUAGUAUGACAGGUUGUAAAAAUGGAUUGAUAGGUAUUUUAAAAAGUGAUACUGGUUUUCCAGACUUUAUUCCAAUUCACUGCAUUAUUCAUAGAGAACACCUAACGGCUAAAUAUUUUAAAUAUGAACACGUGAUGAGUGUUGUUCUUAAAAUUGUAAAUUACAUACGUUCAGGUUCAAAGAUACAUCGCCAAUUUAAAAACUUUGUUGAAAGUUUAGAGGAUGAUAUUCCAAAUGAUGUUCCGUGGUCUAAUGAAAAAUACAGAAUUAACCUUUUUGAUGAUCUAGAAGUUCAACCACUAGAUCAAAGUUUAGAGAAUGGAAUGGGAAAUAGUUCAUCAUAUCAAAAGAGAGAUCUUAUGAGCACAGCUGACAAAUUAACUGUAAUUUGUUUUGAUGAAACCUAUAUUUCAAGUAGAAUUUGUUUGGACAAAAAAAAUGAAAGAGUAAUAGGACCACAUAAAUGUGUACAAACGGUUAUAGCACGAGGGUUGGUAAGUAAUUGGAAACAGCCGAUUAUGUAUGGUUAUGAUACCCCAAUGACACAAGAUUUGUUACAUCAAAUUAUUGAGCAACUGCAUAAUGUUGGGUUUAAUGUCAUUGCAAUGGUUAGUGAUAUGGGUUCAUCAAACAUUGGAUUAUGGAAAGCUUUAAACAUAUCUAUAGAGAAUACGUCCUUCAAAGGUUUUGUACUUUCCAAUGGAAAAUAUAUUGGAAAAGGUGUUUUUGAAGAUUUGUUAAAUUUAAACUCUGGCCAAGAUUUUAAAUUGGCUCAUAAAUUCACAAACAAACACCUAUUAGUUGAAGGGACUGGUAGUAUGAAAGUAAAAUUAGCUGCAUAG